ACAGCUUCUUGUGGGUUUAACUCUCCAGUAGAAGUUUAUGAAGCUAUCGAACAACAUAUGAGACCUGGAUAUUUUUGUACAAAUAUAAAAAAAUAUUAUAUGAAAUAUCAAUAUGCAAAAAUAGUAAAACUG